UUUGAAUUUGAAUUUGAAUUUGAAUUUACAAGAAAUACUCUUUUACAUUAGAUUAUUUUUAUAAAUAUGAACCAUGGCCCUUUGUAUUAACUUCUUCCUUUCGAUAUUUGUCUUUUAUAGCGUCCGGAUUGAAAGACUGAUGUAAAUCGAUUUUGAGAAUACUACUAAAUACAUUUCUCUUUAUCUUAAUAGAUGAGAUCGAUGGAUAUUCGUUUGAAUAAAAAUUGUUAAAAACGAAAAUGAUAAGAUACGAAGAAAAUUAUCACUUACGAUGUUAUUUAAUUUUUCGUACCUUUUAUACCUAUACUUUUUUGUAUGUAAUCAAGAAAUACCAAUGAUAUCAGGGAAAUUGUGAAAGUUCGAUAUGCCGAACCUUCAUUGUCCAGGAAAUAGUAUUAAUAUUUUGUAAUGUUAGGGAACUGUAACAUACUUUUAAUAAUUUAUUAUUAAUUACGAUUACGAUAAUUAUUUACGCGCUCGUAUAUCUAAUUUCUUUUCUAACCUCACAUCCCAUCUACAUAUUUGAUAAUUUUGCGUUGCGAUUUGUAUAAAAUGUUGUAGUAUCGUGUAAAGAGACACGAAUGAGAGACAUUUUAAAUAUAUUGUUGUUUUUAGUGUACGAAUCAUUGUAUUAAAUCAUAAUGUUUUUAUUAAAGUCUAUAGUGUACAUUUAUUAAUUAAAAUAUAAGUACUAUAACCUAUUUCAUUUAGUACGCGGAACAAACACUACACGCUACAAACUAUAGCAUUCAAAUAAUUACUUCUUCUAUGAUGUACUUAAAAAUUGUGCUUAUUUUAAUAUUUCAAGCUCGCGCCAAGAGAUUAAAAUAGUUCAGACGAUUCCAAAAGAAGAAAUAUUGUUGCUGUGAUACGAUAGUAUUUUGUUUGCAAAAGAUAAUCGAUCGGAUUCGAGAAAGAGAAGAGAGAAAUUUGCAGUGUUUAGUUUCGUUCUGCGUUCUAUAGACGACUAUAAACGCUACUCUCGAAUCGAACAUGUACGACGAUUGCAUAUUUCUUUCGUUGCGAUUUCCGCAAAAACUAUGGCGUAUAGUGAACGAAUGCAAAAGUGGUGCCAUUCGUUGGAGCCUUAAUGGUAAUACGAUUCUUCUUGAUUACAAGAAAUUUCAAGAACAGUAUCUCGACGCGGGUAAUUCCAUCUUCAAAACGAAAAACAUUACGAGCUUUAUCAGGCAGCUGAAUCUGUACGGCUUCCGGAAAGUGACGUCACAUAAUAGAGAUCCAAUUUGUAAUUCUCACAAUCCGGACGUUCAUGAAUUUUUGCAUGAAAAUUUUCGUACUGGAAGGCCCGAUCUCUUGUCAAGAGUAUACAGGAAAACUGCCGGAAAAAUGAGACACUGUCGACGGCUUAAUGCAAAAUGUGCCGCGGAACAGAAUUUUUUAAGCAAGGACUCCGAUCAUGUAUCGCGUUUACACAUGUGCCGGUUGGCGUUAACGAAAGCGCUAGAACAAAUAUCGCGAGAAUACCAGCAAAAGCAAAAUCGUAUAUUAAAAGAUGAAAGUACUUUAAAUUCCCCUGAAAAAGUAUUGAAUAGUUUAUAUACGCCACAAAACCAUGAACCCACUAUAGAUUGGAUUACAAAAAAUUCGGUACCAAUUUCUUCAAAAAAGGAUAACUCAAAUGACACACAACUUACUUCCAGUGUUUAUGUGUGGACAAAUUUUUCUAAAACUAUUAAUUAA